UACUGGCUGUAUAAGCCUCUGGCUGUGUAGCAUCUUAGCUGUGAAGUAUGUUAGUGUUAAGUAUGGCGAUAUGACCUUGGAGAUAAUCGGAGAUGCUUCAGCUGACGUGACCCCCUAUCUUCUCUUGUCUUCCUCAGGUGAUAAGCCAGGGAAGUGUAUUGUCCUGUCAAAGGAUCUUCCAGUGUCUUGUGGAAAUAACACUAUGCCGGAGUGUGAAAAUGACUGGAAAUGUGAUGGCAACAAGAAGUGCUGUGACGGUCUCUGUACAAAACGAUGCUUUAUUCCUUUGGGAGUUUGGGCGUUGGUUAAUAUAUGGGGUCCCUGAUGUCACAUGACCCUGCGGUCCCGGACGCUCUGUACCUGCAGAUUGGGGGCACCGGGCACAGAUUAUGGAUGAUAAAUGUAGAUUGAGUCACAGUAACGGCUCAUUGUAUUGUGAGUGAUGUCCAAUGUAAAUGUAAUAAAAUGAGUUCCAUCAUCA